UUAAAAAACCGAAACGUGCAGCUGGUGACUUGAUUCGCAUCUCACUUUCUCUUUCUCUCUCUCUCUCUCAUUACAGAAAGUAACAUCUCAUCAUCUUUCAGCAAACAGUCUGCCUGAUUUCUCAGCUGCCGUUCAGAUAUAUAUAUAUAUAUAUAUACACACAGAUAUACGAACGGAGACAGCUAUACGUAUAUCGAAUUGAGUUGAGUUGGUAAAAUGAGUACGUCGGUUGGUCAGUAUGAUCUGUCAUUUAAGAUCUUACUCAUCGGAGAUUCAGGCGUCGGUAAAAGCAGUCUUCUCGUCACUUUUAUUUCUAAUUCCGUCGAUGAUCUACCUCCUACUAUCGGUGUUGACUUCAAAAUCAAGCAGUUUAUAGUUGGUGGGAAAAGAUUAAAACUUACAAUUUGGGACACAGCCGGGCAGGAGAGAUUCAGGACAUUGACAAGCUCCUAUUACAGAGGGACCCAAGGGAUCAUUCUUGUGUAUGAUGUUACAAGGAGAGAAACCUUCACGAACUUGUCGGAAAUAUGGGCUAAAGAAGUGGAUCUUUACUCCACUAACCAAGACUGUGUCAAGAUGCUUGUUGGGAAUAAAGUUGACAAAGAUUCUGAAAGAUUUGUGAGCAGAGAAGAAGGUGCUGCCCUUGCAAAAGAGCUUGGCUGUUUGUUUCUUGAAUGUAGUGCUAAAAAUCAAGAAAAAGUACAUCAAUGUUUCGAAGAACUUGCAUUAAAGAUAAUGGAGGUUCCGAGUCUUCUGGAAGAAGGGUCUACAAUGGUGAAAAGAAAUAUAUUGAAGCAUAAACCAGAGCACCAGGGCAAUGGUGGCUGUUGCUCAUAAGAUGCUCCUUUAUAUGCUUUAUGGUUCCAGCCAUGGAGCCUGAGUUGGUAGCUUCUUGAAAACUCUCAUGAUGUAAAUCUAUGAUAUCUUCUGUAAUUAGGGUUGUGCUUGAGUUAUCCCUAUGGUAAAUCUCAAAAUAAAAACUGGAAAAAGAAAAUAUCUGCCUCCUCGUGUAAAGUUGUUUGCCUUUAAAUAUGCACCCGCGCUUGCUCUUGUCGGGAAAAAACAAGUUGGUGUAAUUGUAAGAAAACAGGUAGUGAUUAUUUUGUCAUGUAGCUAUGAUAUGUAAAUAGCUUGGUACUCACAUUGGUGAUGUUUUGUGAAAUUUUCAAACAAUAACAAGUGAUUUGAGAUACAGAUUUGAUGGGA